GCUGAUUCGUUUCGUAGUGAGUCAACCGCCCUGAAUUGAAACUAGGAAGACGGUGGCGCUCUCUCUGGCGCCGGAUCUCUGUCAAAUUCUCUCUUCUGAAAUCUGUUUUCUCCGCUCUUAUCGUCUCUUUCGGCCCCCUCACCGUUCUCUUUCACUUGCGUCGCGUCCAGCUCCAAUUGAUUCUCUCUGAUUCAUAGGAGCCGGGAGCAAAGGAAUAAUUAACCACAAAUUUUCUGCAAUUUUAGACAAGAAGCAUCACCAGAACGAAGCAAUUGAAUCAGAUACUCGGAGAAAUCAGAAAUUUCCGGGUGUUCACUGAGCUGAGACAGACAUGGAUGUUGAUCAUUAUGCUGUUCUUGGCUUGCCUUCGGGUGAUGAAGGUGCCAAGCUCACAGAGAAAGAGAUAUCUAAAGCGUACAGAGCGAAGGCUUUGGAGUUGCACCCUGACAAGAGGCCUGAUGAUCCGAAUGCCCAUGCGAAUUUCCAAACGUUGAAGUCAUCCUACGAGAUUUUAAAGGAUGAGAAGGCAAGGAAAUUGUUUGAUGAUCUUCUAAGAGUCAAGCGUGAGCAGCAUCGCCGACAAUCUGAGCGUGAUUCUAAGCGCCAGAAAAUGAUGACGGACCUUGAAGCAAGAGAACGAUCGGCAUUUGCUCCUGACCCUGCUGCAAAAUAUCAAGAAGAGGAAGAAAAAAUUGCAAGGAAGCUAAAGGAAGAGAUUGCAAGGAUUCGAGCAAUGCACGCAAAGAAAGGAGCACCUACAACAUUUACACCAAAGAAGGAGACUGGGGGAGUUGGAAAGAAUAGUGAUGGUGAUGCUGGACCUACAAUGGACAAAGAGAGGAUGCUUAAGGUUUCAUGGGAGAAGAUUGGAGAGGAUUAUACAGCAGAGAAGUUAAGAGAUAUGUUUUCUAAGUUUGGUGAGGUUGAAGAUGUUGUUAUUAGGCAUAACAAGAAGAAGAAAGGUUCAGCAGUCAUUGUAAUGUCAAGUAAAGAUGCUGCAGUUGCUUCUACAAGAUCGGUGCUCGGUGAUUUAUCUAACCCUUUGCUAGUUUUACCUCUUCAACCGGUUUCUCCAAUGGAGAUGCCCAGUGCUGAGAGAUCGCCAGAGCAUAAUCGAUUGAAUAAUUUGGUCGGAGCUGGUUACCAAGCAUUUGAGGAUUCCAUUUUAAAGAAACUCCAAAAGGCUGGUGAGAAGCAAAAACAAUAACUUAGCAGUUAGCACUACCCAGAUCAGUUGUACCAUAAGAGUUGAGAUCGUUCUUGUCACGAAUGUUGAGAACAUUGAGAGGUACCUUCAAAUAUGGUUUAUGCUGAAACUGCAUGCGAAUCAUGGUCCAGAUGUGUAUGAUAUGAAGUAAAAUUUUCUAAUUAAUACCCGACUCUUGUUCACUGUUGCAAUUUAACGAAUAUUGAUGGUAAGGACAAACACAUAAGUGUCCUGUAUACUGCUGAAGAUUUGUCUGUAAGUUGCUGAAUUCAAUUCAAUUACUCUAUCGAAGGUACGCUGAAUGAUGCACAAGAGUCGAAAGUUUUUUAGUAGUCAGCUGGUCCUUUUCUUUUAGAAGUAAAGCUAGUAGCAACAUAGUGUAUUUUUUCAUCUAUACUUGUGUAAUCAAACAUCUCUAACACUCUUUGCCCAUGUAUUGGUUUUUCUUUCUUUUUA